UGACAUAACCCUGUCCCAGAGAUCGAUAACACCUGGUGAUGGUGCACAUGUCGUGCAGUAAUAUUGUGUCAUCUUCAUUCAGUAGGUGAAAUGCAUGACCUGUCAACAUGCAGGUACACGAAACGAUUGAUUCCGGAGGGCUGGGUCUUACCUAACACCUGUAAGAAAACACCAUUGUGACCUAUGAGGAAAUUACGUGACGCAUACUGUUAGAUAAGGGAAUGACACAGGUUGUAUUCAGUGAGUGACACUCUUAGCCACCGCGCACCCUCCAGCGUACAUCAUUUAUUCAGUAGUGUCCAUAGUACUGGACGACAAGCACCCGGGGGGAAUUUCUGUGCGUGUUUACACAAAGAGUUUUCUUAUAUUCAGUUAGCACAAUGUGCUGUUCAAAGAAUCGGCUCAAUUCCUAGGAAUUCUGUUCAAGUGGAGGAGAUAAGCACAACAGGGAGUGAGAUACCGAAGUGCUGCCAUGCCCCACUGGGAGACCAAGGGCAGGCUCUACCGUUCCGGUGUGGGGGUGAUGGUUCUCGGGUUCCUGGGAUAUACCGUAGCUUUUGGAGUGCCUGCGUGGAGACGUGAUGGUGACACGACUGUCCUGUCCUCUGGGCUGUGGCAGUACAUGUGUGACGGUCUUCACAACUGCCAGACAUACUCUGCUGUAGAAACAGACACGUUGUUCCAGGUAUCCCGAGUGCUGGCGUGCAUCGCACUGGCUCUCUGUUUCAUCGCCCUGUGUCUUAUCUUCCUCCAUAACUGCACGGCCUACUCGAAAAGUCUUCAGUCAGAAAAUGCCUUCAUCUCCAUAUUCCCUGUGUUUUGUGGCCUUCUCGCCAUGUCUUCAUGUGUGGUUUACCUUGAACAAGGCAUAAGUUCCAUCUAUUGGGGAGCCGUAUUAGGAUUUGCCGCCAGUGGUUGUACCAUAUUUGGAGGCAUCUGCAUGGGCGUAGGGUUGCACAUUGACAGGCUUAAAGCGGCGAGCACUCAACAAACGUCAAGUACAGUCCAGAACCAGACUGCUUUCAACCAAGACAUUACGACAAUGGCAAUUCCAGUGAACGUCAUUCCCUCAAAUGGGGCUCAGACAAAUAUGCCAAUGGUUUCAAUGGCCUCGAAUACAAACACAGACUGUACCGGAUCCUCGGAUCAACAGCUUGCAACACAAGUCGAUCAACAAGCGAGACUAAAUCCAUCUGCACCACCGCCCGACCCUGACUUCUUAUACUACUGAAUACUUUGCAAGGAGUAUCAAUACGGAGAUUGGACUUCGUAAUCAGAUACUUAUUGUUGAAAAGUGACAGAUUGCUACAUAUCAAAGAGAUCUAGCGUAUAUCUGGAUUAAAGUGAUCAUUGUGUGUUCUACCAGUGUCUAGUGUGCACUGUUGGUUUCUUGGGAACAUGACAUUUAAUCAUCCUCAGAGAAGGAUAUAGAUACAGCGCUUGCUGCAGUGUGUAUUGACUUCAAGGUGCUUGGACUUUUGUAACAUCUACAUAAGUUGGAUGAACAAGAUACACUAAUUCCUGAUCCAGACAUAUUUUUAACGCAUCGAAUGAUUGAAAUGUGUGUGGAUUGAGUGCUCGUCCUUUUUCGGUUUUUAGUGUCGGUGAGUUUUAGCUUUGUUAGAAGAACUUGACAUCGUUUUGAAGAAACAAAUGCAACCAUUCCUUAGCAGGGUACAUUAAAUACCAACCCCGACCCAUGCUGGUCACAAACAGAUAUAGGCGUCAAUCAAUUAACCCACAGUGGAAUCCCAAGAGAUGUUCCAAGAGAUUGUCGACCACGUCAUUGGUCUAACGGACUGAGUGCCUGCUUGGUACUCGUGCGGUCGGUGGUUCGAUUCUUAGCCACUUCAUACAAACAGAAAGAUGUUAAAAUAUGGUACUUGGUGUUUACCUGCCUGACGCUUGACACUAAGGGCUAUAAAGGGGUGUAAAACAAUGGCUUUAAGUGUGAUACAUCGUCUCAUUUGGCGAGCACUGUAAAAUCGGUCAAAAA